ACUAGCUAACCAUAGACAUAUAUACUGUAUACUAUGUCUAUGUAGCUAACCGUAUGGAUACAAACUUUCCUUAUGGUCUGAAAUCGUGGUAAACUGGGUGCACGUUGGGCUUAGAAGUCAUUUAAGACUAGCUAGCUGUGUAGUAUUACAUUUCCAAGAAAUGUUUAGAGCAACGUUUCGGUACACCGUGCCGAACGACUUGGGCAUUUGUGUGUGGUAGUUGUGCUAAAAAUAUCAGCACAAAUCGCCAAAUUUGUCGAUGCCGUGCUGUAGUGUGAGUGUGAUUGGCUGAAGGCGACAUUGUCGCCGGCUUUAUUGUUAAAUGCACGCUUGAGAGGUCGGGGGUUCUGAAAGGCAGCCGUCGGUACAAAGUUAUCAAAACGGUUGGUGUAACCGAUAUAGAAAGAAAAGGUCGAGACCCCUUUGCUGCCAUAGUCACGUGACGCAAAUUCACGAGAUUCGACAAACUCCCUUUAAGAUGGCCCAGGAUGUUGCCAACGUUGCCAGAAGAGUCAAUGAAGUAGUUGAAGAAGGAAAGGAUCAUUUAGAUCUGUCCGACUGCAAGUUGAUCAGUUUCCCUGAUGGAGUCUUCAAGGUGUUGAGGACCGCCACUGACAAUAUACGGAGCAUAACACUGGCCAACAAUGAGCUGAAAGCCUUAACCAACAAAUUUUUCUCCACAUUUGUCCAAUUAAGAGAGUUGGACCUGCAAGGCAACAAGCUUUCCAAAUUACCAGACGCUGUAGGUGAGAUGAAGCAUUUGACCAGCAUCAACUUGUCCCAGAACAAGCUCAAGAGUUUUCCAGAUAGACUGACAGAAAUCCGUACACUUGAGAACAUAAAUCUGGAAAACAAUGAGAUAUCUGAUGUGCCUGUGGAGAAGCUGUCCAGCAUGCCAGCCUUGAAGACCGCCAAUGUUAGAUCUAAUCCACUCGAGGGACAACGUCCCAGUGUCUCAACUCUCAGCUUUGAAUUGCUUAUUGAUCCGUGAUUUUUCUGCCAUGAGGAUAAAAAGUGAGUUGGACCAGAUGGAUUUUUAAACACAAUUUGCACUUGGCUUUUUGACACCGUGCAGUUUUUACCAAACCGAAGAAGGGCCCUGAGGUCUCUUUUGUAUUUACUCUGUUCUCUGUGCUUUUUUAUAUAAAUACACCAACAUUUUAUGCCUUUUAAUGUAGAAUCACCACAUGAGGGUUCUAGGUGUUCUUAACUGAAGCAUGGAUAUUGGCCUGUUACAGUGGCAGGACAAACACGUUAAUAUUUCAAACCAGGUUGCCUGAUGAUCCUACUUUGCACACAAGACGGGAGUGCUAGAGACGGCUACCACUGCCAUUGAAGUACAACACAAGCAUUCGCUUUCCCUGUAAUGAGAAAAACAUUAGGCACUCAAAGGCAACACCACACAAUAGGCGCCCUCUCAUCUCUGAGUUAAAGCCAUGCUCUUCUGUGUGGCGGUGAUACACUUGGACAAGUGUGCUAUGUUUCUCUGUUCUUAUCACAAGGGAAAACAUACAUUUGCAUUUCAAUUUGUUUUACUUCUGUGUCUCAAUUGGUGUACUCUGUACACCUUUCUGCAUCGUGUGGAUCCCCCUCAAUCUCCCUCCUCCUCCAACUCUUCCUUGUUCUCUCACCUGGGAAUAAAACUCUUUUUUUAAAUUUAUUUUUUUGGACUGUGAAGUUCUACAACAGAAUUGUAAUGCCUGCCAAGCUAUUUUGAUGCAGUGCAUCAGUGUUGUAUUCUGAGCAAUUAAAGAAACCCUCUCUAAAAAAUGGACAGGUAAAAUAAAUCUGUCAGUGGGGCAAAAUGUGAUUGAUGAGUUGUUUGUACUUCUUGAAUCAAGUUUGUACUUCAUGUAGAUAAAGCCAUUGUCUAUAAGCCCUUCAGACAAAUAGACCAGGACAAAUUGGUGUGGUUUAUUCCCAGUGCAUCAUAUAAUCUUCUAUCAAUAUUUGUAACCUUUGAGGAACAAAAUGCCAUGACCGUAUUACAGACCAGCUUGUUUUUUUUUUUACAGUAAUAGCACAGGAAAUGUCAUUUAUAUUUAGAGACAUGGGGAAAUUCAUAAAACAUCAAAACUAAAACUGCUAAUUGUCAGGAUUUGGUUGCACAGCUUUUUUUUAUCAGUCAAGAGAAGAUACAGUAAUAUGUGGCAAUAGAAAGUGAUAUCUACUUGCAUAUUCAACGUGUAAUAUUCAACAUACAGUAUGUAAUUCCCAUAAAUGAGUACACAUCAGAACAUAAGGAAUACUACAUAAAGCUUUCCUUGUCCCAUUCAUUAACCUAUUCCACAACAUCCCAAUAGAGA